AUGCCUGAAACUGUCUCAAUGUAUGUCUGCCCCUCAAAGGGCUCAGACUACGAACUACAGCAGGUAAUUAUCAGCGAUGAUCUGCGUAGUGAUGAGAUUGUUGUACGAUUAGUCGCUACUGGUAUUUGCCAGACUGAUUUCUCCGCUUGCAAUGGUCUCUUCCCUAUGGCUUUCCCAUUCGUUGGUGGCCAUGAAGGAGCUGGCGUGGUGGAAGGGGUUGGCGUUGCAGUGAAACAUGUCAAGCCAGGCGACCACGUGCUGUUAACGUAUAGUGCCUGUGGAAGCUGCACGACCUGCAAUAGUGGCCUUGUGCCUUAUUGUCAAAAUCUAUGGACGAACAACUUCACAGGAGUUCGAGAAGACGCCAGUCGCCCAUAUCUCUCUACGGUCCUGCCAAGAGGCGAGGAUGGUUCAGCUGCGCCAGUUUCAUCGUUCUUCUUCGGGCAGUCCACCUUUGCCCAAAAAGCUAUCGUAACGGCCAGUUCUGCAGUCGUUGUUCCCCAUGACCUUCCCAUGGAACUGCUUGCUCCUUUAGGCUGCGGAAUCCAAACUGGAGCUGGAGCUAUGCUCAACGUGCUCAAGCCUGAGAAAGGCCACUCGGUUGUUAUCUACGGUGCAGGAGCAGUGGGGAUGGCCGCUGUCAUGGCAGCACGUACCACCCAUGCUGAAAAGGUCAUCGUUGUUGAUAUUGUCGACUCUAAGCUCAAACUCGCCAAGCAAUUUGGUGCUACCCAUCUUAUCAACGGAAGAGGAGUGGCCGACACCGUCGCGGAGAUCAAAGCAUUGACCGGAGGACUUGGUGCAGAUCGUGCAAUGGAUACGACGGGUAACAUCACCAUAAUCCAAGACUCGCUGUUGAACUGUGUUCCCCCACGUGGAAUUGCCGCCACCGUCGGCGCUCCGUCUGUAGACAAGCAGGUUCAGAUCACGCCAGCCUUGUGUAUCGCGCAGGGUAUCAGCUAUGUCGGAACUCACCAAGGCGAUUCGUUUAUUCCUCGUCUUAUUCAACCGUGGAAAGACGGCCAAUUGCCGGUCGAUAAAUUAGUCAAGAAGUAUUCAUUCAAAGAUUUGGCUCAAGCCAAGGAGGAUCUUCAGAGUGGACGGUGUAUUAAGGCGGUUUUGGUUUGGAAUUAA